UCCUUCAUUCUUUUAAUGUAUAGUUAGCAUAAUCUCGUUAGCAACCCUAAGAAAAAUGUCAAAGAAAAGGGGAAGAAAAUCGGCAAAUUCUCCAUUGUAGCGCGUGCAAGAUUCAUCAAGUUAUUUAUUUGUGAAGAAAAUUAAUAAGACUUUGAAAUUAUUUAAGAAAUAAUUUUACUAUUGUAAGUUCUCACAACCGCUAUUUUAUGUGAAUUACUUUUACAACAUCAUAUGACCGUUUGUUUGUUAAAACCAGACAUCUAUGUGAUGCUUAACCUCGAAGUAUUUAGUGAAUUUGGCCUAUAUAACAGUUGCGAUAAAUGAUAAUUCUGAUAAGAGCAAUUUUCAGCAACAAAUUUAAAUUGUAUUUAUAAAAUAUCAACAUUAAAAUCAUGCAAAAUGUAAAGUAAAAUUUUCCAAUAUUCAUUAAGGAGUAUGUUCAGUGUUCAAAUAUAUCUGAUGUAUUCCCUAAUGCAUCCCUGCAUGAGUUUGUUAAACGCGUGUGUGGAUGUGAUCAACCAUUUUGACGUGAAAUAAAUUACUACGUUUUGAUUUGUCAAUGAAAGUACAUAUGGUGUUAAAAAAAGCUGAAUUGUGGUUGUUUUGUUUUGCUAUGUUCUGAACAAUUUUCUGUUUCUAUUUCGUUAAGGUUUUGAUUUUAUAUUUAGAUUAAAUAAAUGAAAUAAUGAAUUUUCAUACAAUUUUAGCAGUAGUCUUUACUGUUAUAGGGUCAGUUUCCGUCGUAACCGUGUUAAUUUUGCUAGGCUGGUUUCUCAUUUGGAAAGCAUUUUUAUCAAAAUUCCGACUUGUACGUGAAUUAUUGGGUCAAGAAAACGGUGAUGAGGUGCAACCUAUAGAGCAGCAACCUCAUAUAAGAGCGAAAAAAAUACGCCGAGAUUAAUAUCAGUAAACUGUGAACAGUUCCACGAACAAUCGAAAAUAGGCAAAGUAGUUAAAAAUAACUUAAUCAAAUAACUUUAAGUCUUACUAAGAAUUUAUACUGAAAGUGCUACAACAUGAAUAUCCGCUGUGCUAAACCUGAUGAUCUGAUGAGUAUGCAGCACUGCAACUUGCUCUGUCUGCCUGAAAAUUACCAAAUGAAAUAUUACUUUUAUCAUGGGCUUACUUGGCCGCAGCUCAGCUAUGUUGCUGAAGAUGACAAAGGUAAUAUUGUAGGCUAUGUGCUGGCCAAAAUGGAGGAACCUGAACCUGGUGAAGAAAGUAAACAUGGUCACAUUACAUCAUUGGCCGUAAAACGGUCCUACCGCCGACUGGGAUUAGCACAAAAGCUGAUGAAUCAAGCCUCACAAGCGAUGGUUGAGUGUUUUGAUGCCCAAUAUGUUUCGCUGCAUGUGCGUAAAAGCAAUCGCGCCGCACUCAAUCUCUACACAGAUUCUUUAAAAUUCAAAAUAAUUGAAAUCGAACCGAAAUAUUAUGCCGAUGGCGAAGAUGCAUAUGCGAUGCGUCGUGAUCUUAGUGAAUUUUCAAAAAAAGAAAAUUCCGAGGAGUCGGCACUUGAUUCCAAAGCUAAUACAGCAGAUGGCGGUGAAAAGGAUAAAAUCAACUAUAGGCAAGCAAUCACGCAUGAUCACAGCGGGCAUGAUGGACAUUGUUGCUAAAGCAACGCGUUAUUAGAAUUUAAGGUGUUCCUAUGCAAUUCGGGUAUAAUUUUGUAUUUAUAUAUUUUUCGGAAUUUUUAAUAUCUCUCAAUAAAUUUGUAAUAGUCCUUGAUGGAUUUAUAAAUAUAAAAUAUGAGUAAUAUACAAUUUAUAGAUUUUUAUUUUGUAUUGUAAUUUGUUUUCGGUAACUAAUAAUAUGGAAAGUACUUUAAACAUGUGAUACUGUGUAUGACUACACUUUGAUAGACAUCUUGCAAAUUUUUUAUUGGUUAAUGUACCGACAAUACUGAUAACCAGAUUAAAAAUAGUUUAAUAAAAGUUAACGAGUAUGACGUAAA